GCACCAGUGCCUUUAGAGAGUCGAUGUACUCAUUGAAGCGUCCAACUCGAUAUCGGACUGCAUCCUCGGGAGACCACAUCGCUGUGUCGGGGUACACAGCCAGUUCGCACGUAUUCAUUGCUACCAAGCCGCAGGAGAAUGCAUCGACGUAUAUCUGAAUUCGGCAGGCAUUGAAUCGCCUACAGUCCGUUUCAUUUUGAAAUCAACGCACCCCGCAACCCAAUGCUCAUCGCUGACGUUGGUGAUGAAGAAGGGGGGCGGUUGCUCUUGAAUACCCGUCUCUUUUGCCCUCUACAAUCUGCUUUGCAAAGGACAUUGGCGCAACAAUCCAUCUGCUUGCGUUUCCGUCACCCGAAUCCACUCGCACUCGCAAACUCUCCAGCAUGAUCUCCAUGUUUGUUGUUCGCAGCCAAACUGAUGCAGUGAAUUCCGUUAGGUCAAUGGAUGUUGUUGUGCCACGCUGAUAGCUGAGCGGCACAUUCCAUCCAACCCAUGACAUUGAGCCAGUUACUCCCCCGCCUCCACUGUGUCUGGGCAUUGAGCACAUCCGCAAACCGCCUCCACACUGUCAAAGUGUACAACG